UCAUUAAUAGGCAAAAGCUGGCGCUGAGUUAAGUGCCAUUCUCUGCUGGGAAUUUCUUCUCUGGCCACUUGUGAAGGCCACUGAGAGCACUGCUUCCUCUCUGUCUCCCUGUCCUGUGUGUGGGGUUGGGUGAGUGCAAGGAGCUGGGGCCUGUUGAGAUCUGCCAGGAGAGUGUGUCCCCACCCACCUCAGGAGCAGGUCCUACCAGCCCAGCCCAGCUCAGAGCAGGCAGCGGAAGCCACAGGAACACAGAUAAAGCUUAACCCCCGUACCCAUUCACCUUCUGCGGCUGGGUCCUCUGCUAGAUGACAACCAAUCUGAUCAGACUCCACUCAUGGGUUCACUGGCACAGAUGUGUUCUUAUGCUCAUCCUUCUCAGCUAACCAAGGUCUCCUCUGCUGAUGAAGCUGUGACCCAACGCAUCCAACCCCUGGCAGCCAUCUGUUUCCUGCAGCCAUAGCCCACAUUCCAUGCCCUGUUUACCUUGGGGCUCUCUCUGUGCGGCCUCCAGGCCCGGCCCUGGAGAUGAAUAUGAUGCCAGGGCCCUAGUGUGCCUCACGAUGCCCCCAGCCUAGCUCCUCCUCACACUUCAGUACGAUGCUGCCCAACUCUGCCAAUAGCUCUGUUCCCCCGUGCCCGGACUACCGGUCCACCCACCGCUUGCACAUGGUGGCCUACAGCCUGGUGCUGGCUGCAGGGCUUCCCCUCAACGCGCUGGCCCUCUGGGUCUUCCUGCGCGCACUGCGCGUGCACUCCGUGGUGAGCGUGUACAUGUGCAACCUGGCGGCCAGCGACCUCCUCUUCACCCUCUCGCUGCCCGUGCGCGUCUCCUACUACACCCUGCACUACUGGCCCUUCUCCGACCUCCUGUGCCAGACAGCGGGCGCCGUCUUUCAGACGAACAUGUACGGCAGCUGCAUUUUCCUGACGCUCAUCAACGUGGACCGCUAUGCGGCCAUCGUGCACCCGCUGCGACUGCGCCAUCUGCGGCGGCCCCGCGUGGCGCGGACACUCUGCCUGGGGGUGUGGGCGCUCAUCCUCGUGUUCGCCGUGCCCACCGUCCUGGUGCACAGGCCGUCGUCCUGCAGCUACGGCGGCGGCCAGGUGCGCCUGUGCUUCGAGAGCUUCGGCGACAGGCUGUGGAAGGGCGAGCUGCUGCCGCUCGUGCUGCUGGCCGAGGCGCUGGGCUUCCUGCUGCCCCUGGUGGCCGUGCUCUACUCGUCAGGGCGCGUCUUCUGGACCCUGGCGCGGCCCGACGCCACGCGGAGCCAGCGGCGGCGGAAGACCGUGCGCCUCCUGCUGGCCAACCUCGUCAUCUUCCUGCUGUGCUUCGUGCCCUACAACGCCACGCUGGCCGUGUACGGGCUGCUGCGGGGCAACCUGGUGGCGGCGAACGGCGACGCCUGCGAUCGGGUGCGCCGGGUGUUGAUGGUGAUGGUGCUGUUGGCAGGCGCUAACUGCGUGCUGGACCCGCUGGUGUAUUACUUCAGCGCCGAGGGUUUUCGCAACACACUGCGAGGCCUAGGCACUCCAAACCGCGCCAGGACCUUGGCCACGAACGGGGCUCAGGCGAUGCUCGCCGAACAGACCACUGAGACCAGUUGCAUCACCAGGCCGGCUACCGUGGAAGAGGGGCUGCUCAGGCCCUCCAACGUCGGGACGCCCUUGACCCAGUUCCCCGAGGACUCGGCACUCUGAACGCGCAUCUUGCCAUCGCACAGUCACCCCCACCUCUCACCCUCUAGCACCGCUCACACGUGCACACUCGCAGGGUCUGUACAUGAGGGAAGUGGGUUGGGCAUUCGGGACUUCUGGGUGGCAACUCCUGCCCAUAAAUGAGGAAGAGAACAGAGUGUGGGGAGCCACAGACAUAGGAAGGAGGAACGCCAGUGUUAAUUGCCUUCUUUAAUUUGGUGGUGACCGUGAGCACGAGACCUACCCCUUUCCCAGUCCCUAGGAAGUGAUGCUGUCAGCCUUCCCAAUGCAAAGGCAGAUGACUGGAUGACAGAAAAUGGGUGUCCCAGAUUUAUACCGACCACAGUAGUCUCAGGACCACAGAUGCUAUCUAUCCUUGUUUCCACCUGGGCUUCCCUUGCCCAGCACUGAGGCAGGUUAUGAGUUUACUGGAUACAGAAAGAAUUGGUUUCCUUCUGGGUUAGUAACUUGUAACAAUCAGGCCCUGACACCCACCAUGGGGUGGUUGGGGGCAGGACAAAACUUGAGUGUUGGAGGGCAUUUUCACCCAGAUCCAGUCCCUGUAGCCCUUUCCACCUUUCUCUGUCCACCCUGCCUUGCUUUUGAGAACUCCUCCAUUCUAGGUCCUAAAUUCUCUCUCUCUGCCUCUGGUGCUUCAUCUAGAAUUAAGGAGAAAAUUCUUUGUACUAAAGUAGCAGUUCUUAAACUUUGUUCUCAGACCCUUUAACAACUCUUAAAAACCAAGGAUUCCAAAGAGCAUUUGCUUACACUUUAUUCUUUUGAUAUUUAAACAUAUCAGAAAUUAAAACUCACAAGUUUUAACAAUAGAAACACACAAGCACACAUUCCAUUAGCUGUGACAGCAAUAAUGUCAUCACAUUUCACGAAGCCUCUGGAAAACUCCAUUGUAUACCUGUGAGAGAUGAGAAUACAAAGGACAAAUGACAUGGUGGGAGAAGCGGUAUUCUGAAAAUGACUUUGACCUUGUGGACAUCCUUAAAGAGCUACUAUUAGAGUUCAUGUGUAACUUCUUCCCAGGGCAUACAUAUACACUGUUUCUUAUUAUUGCCAGGGACAGGGCAAUACUCAGCAAAUCAAUUGCUAGCUGUAGUCCUGAAGGCUUGAGGGUUUGCAGCGGGUAGGUAGGAGUUGCACACCUGGUGCAACACCACCUCGGGCUUCCUGGAGCAGCAGCCCUGAGGAGCGGGUGAACUAGUCACACAUCACUCGGAGGACGGGUGGGGCUUCUCUCUCCCUCGGAAGGGAAAAGGGGACUAUUGCCACAGCCAGGAAAGACAUUUCCAGGUAAAUAAGAGUACAAUGGGAGGACAGGACUAGGCUGGCUGUUCUUCGCAAGCUGGAAGCAAGGGAAAUGGAAGACUGGUUACUGGGCUACCUACUGUUUCCUUCCCUCUUUACAGGAGUUGGGCUGGGAGGGGCUGUAGAGUUGGCAUCUUGAGACUCUGUGGAACUGACGAAGUUGCUGCCAUGCAUGUGUCCUGUAUGCAUUUUUGUCUAUGUGUUUCAGUGAUGUGUGUGUGUGUGUGUGUGUGUGUGUGUGUGAGAGAGAGAGAGAGAGAGAAAGAGAGAGAGAGAGAGAGGGAGAAAGUGAGAGAGAUUGAACAAGAUUGAGACAGUGUCAGAAUUUUCCUGUGUGUGUCUCUGUGUGUUUUGAUUUGGAAUAGCCCUUUUGCGUGUCUUUAAGAGAUAGCUUCAGAUGGUGAUUUACAAGGGUAAAAUGACCCCUGGUGGCCAAAGCAGAGAAAUGACCCAGAUUCCUCAGUGAUCGCUUUCAAGUAGAGUCUUCCACCAUCAGGUGGGAGGGUAGAGCCCUGGGCCAGGCCCUCUGGUUGCUCUAGAAAAGGCCUGAUGGUUAGCACCUGCUCCAUCUUGCUUCAUACUUGGGGUUCAAGACCCCAUGCCCUUCCAGCCCUGGGAGCAUCAAACGUGAUGGUAGUCCAAAAUCUCAGAACUUUGCCUUAUCCAACCGAACUGAAUUGGACACAAUUUUUAAAAAUUACUGAGUAUUUUUCUAUUCUGAUAUGUGAAUGGAUUCCAAAGUAACAAAAACUCACCCAGCAAGCAUCUUCUAAUAUACUAUAUAAUUUAAUUUAUUUUUAUAAUUUUUAUAAUUUCUUGUCUGUUUCUCCACCCCUUCCCCCCAGAUAUGAUGUAAAGUCCUCCAGGCAGGGAUUUUUGUUUGGUUCUUUGAUGUAUCUCCAGCAUCUAGAACAGCUCCUAGCACAAAAGAAGUGCUCAAUAAAUAUUUGUUGAAUGAUAAACAGUUAA